GGUUAACCGUACACUAGUAAAGUUAGUACACGAAGAUAGUAAUGUGAUGUGUUUGUUCGGGCGGUACGUGUGAAGUGAUAAAAUUUCUGUUUACGUGUUUAAUUAGUUCAAUCCUUAUGAACAACGUGUACCAUACCAGCGUCUAGUUAAUAACAACCUCAAUGAUGCAAUUCAUGCUGUUGUUCAGCCGUCAGGGCAAGCUCAGACUACAGAAAUGGUACAACGCUCAUCCGGACAAGCUGAAGAAGAAGAUUACACGCGAGUUGAUCACGAUGAUACUCGCACGCAAGCCGAAAAUGUGCAGUUUUCUUGAGUGGCGUGAUUUGAAAAUCGUCUACAAACGAUAUGCAAGUCUGUACUUUUGUUGUGCAAUCGAGCAGGAUGACAAUGAACUGCUCACAUUGGAGAUCAUUCAUCGCUAUGUCGAGUUGUUGGAUAAGUAUUUUGGCAGUGUGUGUGAGUUAGAUAUAAUCUUCAACUUUGAAAAGGCCUACUUCAUCCUCGAUGAGCUCUUACUGGGUGGAGAGAUUCAAGAAACCAGCAAGAAAAACGUGCUGAAGGCAAUCGCAGCCCAGGAUCUCCUGCAAGAGAACUUUUACGGGAAGGUAAGAACCAGAGGAGUGUGUAAUGUUGAUGUAUAAAUUAAUAUCGAUUCGUUGUAGGCGAAAACUAAAAACUAAUCGAAAAACCACACCAAACAAAUUCAGACCGUCAUACUUCACUUAUUACCUAUGAUUUCUUAUGGGAAAUACAAAGUAUAACGGUCUGAACCAUAACCAAGUCAAAUUACACAUUUAAAAGUUUAAUAUCUAAGUGCCAAUAGUAUUAGUGGUCACUCAACAAGUAAAGUUAGCCUUAGGCUGUGAAGUAAUACUUGCCAAAACACAAAAUGUAACAACUAAACACUCAACACUCUAAUUUUUUCGUAAAUUCUAACCUACGGAAUGAAAUUUUAUUGAAACAACUUGUUAACCAAACUUAACCGCUACCCCAGUACUAAUUUUAACCUAAUUUAGGUGUAGAUAAAUGUGAAAUUUGUAAAUUUCAUCCCCAACUUUAUACUAGUUUGUAAAUUAAGUAUAUAUACAUAUUCGUAGUUUGAUUAGAUGUGUGUUUUGUUUAGAUUUGUAGAUAUCUUACUUAUUUUAACCAGUACAAAACAGUUGUAACAUUUUAUGAUGAUUAAUAUUGAAAUAUUGAAAUUUGAA